CGAGCUCGGUAACUUGGAGCAAUCACCGUCCUCAUCAUCCGACCUUAGAGCUUGACAAGCGACGUUGAGCUUCAAAAUCACUCCACGUCAGCCCAGAAUGGGCCUCAAAGACUUUACUUUCAAGUUCCCACAGGAGUCCGCGCAGGAUAACAUUGCUCUAGAACGGCGGAGCUCGCUGGUAAUCAGUUCGUCUCGAAUACCACCAGGACCGCCAUCGCCAGCAGGAUCGUUUCCCUCGGUUGCACCAGGGCGAAAAGCAAGGCAUGCGUUUAGAAGCUACAGGCUAAAAGGAGAAUACGUCCAGCCAUGGGUAGACGACAAGCGGCUGAAGAGAACGAAAUAUGGCAACUGGAUAGUCUGGGGAUUCGUUUUCCUAGGAGUCUGUGUGUGCGGAUAUCUUGCGUAUGAUGGAGCGAAGCAAGCGAAGCUCGGCGAUUAUUGCCUGAUCAUGGACGACCAUUUCAACGGAAUUGACGACGCAGUGUGGUCGCAUGAGGUUCAGACCGGCGGUUUUGGCACUGGUUCUUUCGACUGGACAACUAGCGACAAGGCGAACAGCUUUACAGAUGGAGACGGUCUGCAUAUUGUCCCGACUCUGACGACCGAGACGACCGAAAUCACCGACCAGCAGAUCCUCAACGGCUACACUCUCAACCUCACAAAGUCCGGCGGCGAUGGCACCUGCACUUCGGACGACUACAAGCAGUGCUCCGUCAAGUCCAACGAGACGACUGGUGAAAUCAUCCCACCUGUGCGAUCGGCGCGGUUGUCAACGAAGGGCAAGAAGUUCAUCAAGUAUGGUCGUGUGGAGGUAGUCGCGAAGAUGCCUGCUGGUGACUGGCUCUGGCCCGCCGUCUGGAUGAUGCCGGAAGAAUCGAAAUAUGGCCCAUGGCCCGCAAGCGGCGAAAUCGACAUCGCCGAACUGCGCGGCAAUCCCUGGCAGUAUCCCAUCGGCAGAGACGCCAUGACCUCAACCCUCCACUGGGGCCCAACACCGAAGCUCGACGCAUACUGGUCGACGUACAGUAUCAGCUUCCUGCGACGCACUGACUAUUCGAAGGGCUUCCACACCUUCGGCCUGCAGUGGUCAAAGGACUAUAUGUUCACCUAUGUGGAUAGCAAGCUGAAGCAGGUCUUCUACAUGAAGUUUACGGGCAAAGACACAUUGUGGGAGAGGGGCCAUUUCGAGGGCACUGUUGUGAACAGCACUGUGGUCGAAAAUCCGUGGAAGCAGACGGGGAAUCUGAACACGCCGUUUGACGAGAACUUCUAUCUCAUUCUCAACGUCGCGGUGGGAAGCCAGAACGGGUGGUUCUACGACGGCAAGCACAACAAGCCAUGGGUAGACGGCGGACCAACGGCGGCUCGUGACUUCUACAAAGCGAAAGACCAAUGGCUUCCCAGCUGGGGUGAGGGCAGCGACCGCGGCAUGACUGUCAAGAGCGUCAAGAUGUGGCAAGAGGGCCUCUGCUAGCACGCUCUCGCCCAGUCCCUCUCAUUUCUCUAACACCUUCCUCUUUCGGAGUUUCACGAUAGCGACUCGGCUUAGACACGGGAUAUCACGGUUGUUCGGAUGCAAUGGUGCACUUAUGGAUGUAAU